UUAUAGUAAAGCUUUGGUGAUUGUUUAUUGGGAACUAGAAUCUGUGACACUGAUUUCAAAAAAAAAAAAAAGAAUCUGUGACACAGCUUCUAAACGAGUUAUGUGCUUAAAGAUUUGACAAGGGGGGGAGGUAGAUAAAGUGAUUUGGAUAAUUGGGUUUCCUUUUGAUAGUUAAGGAUUCCAAAUGAAAAGCUAAUACAAAGCUUUAGUGGGUGUCUUUCUUCUUGUGGUGUGUGGCCUAAGAUACACAGACACUUCAUUUUGGGCGUUGUACCUGAGUUGUAACGGUGUCAUAUCUGCUAUAUCAUGUUAUAAUUUUUCAAAAAUUGCUUAUGUCACCAUAUUGUACCCAUUUUUGUACUUGUGUUCAUGUUUGUGUUUGUGCAUCCUAGUGUGUAUCAUUAGGCCGGAGGAGGAUUUGAAUCCUGGUCAUCUCCAACAGAAACAUCAGAAAGUGUCAGUUGAGCUACAAGGCUCUUGGUGUUAGGAAAGACAUUGACUACAGAAAAUUUUAGGAAAAUGUGUAUAAUCAUUAUGGACUGGUGUUUUAUGUGCAUUAGACAUGGCUGGAUUGUGCCUCAUAUGCUUCUCUAUCGUGUGGUGGCUCACAAAUUGUGGUCCUGAUCUUUUGCAUGUUUUGGUAUUAUUUGGGUUAUUGCUUAUUUUGUGAUGGAGCUUUUGGCUUGUUGGAUGGGCCCUUUCGGCAAAUGCAUUAAUGGGAGAAUUUGCAAAACAGUUCCCUCACUCAUAAUGUGGUGUCAUUGGAGGGAGAGAAAUGCGCCCUUACUUUGAAGGAUAAGAAUAAGAAUUGGUUAAGUUGAACUUCUUAUUGCUGAAGACUUGUUAUGAAUGGACUUCAGCUUCCAGUAACUUCUCUAAUGUGGAUUGUUUCGGUAUACAUAUCCUUUGUGCAAGUGUAUUUUGGAUAUGCAAAGUUUGAGUUACUGCCACAACAGGAAUUUGAUAUGUUUGCACCCCCAUGGACUUGGUUCAAGCAAUUAGUGUUUGGUUGAUUCUUGCAUUAUGUCAUGUUCUCCAGUCCAUAUUGGAUAUGUAUGUGAUCUUAGGAUUCGAGGUUAGAAGUGUAUAUGGUGCAAAACUCACUGUUUGUACCUCAAGCAUAUUUUUGACAAAAAGAGAUAUCUAGAAGCCAUUUAUAGUGCAUUUGGUUUAGCUAUUUUUAGGUGCUUAUGCAGUUUGUUUUCUUAUGCAUAGCUUUUUAAGCCUCACUUUUUUUCUAGAUAUGAGUUUGCUCUUGCCCACUUUCAACAAAUAAGCAAAUAAGAGAAAAACGUAAAGAGCUAAUCCAAAUACACAUUUAGUAAUGUUUUUAUAAGUACAGAAACAAAAGUAGUUCCUCUGUAAAAUUUCAUGUUUUGAUGCAGCUUUGCUGCUCUCUUUUUUUCCUGAUCAUUUGAUAGUUGGGGGAGGGGGCAUUUGAACCCCUAAAUGUCUUUGUUGGAAAUACCAGGAAGUGCCAUUUGAGCUACAAGGCUAUUGACUCUUUGCAACUAUUACUUGCUUCUGUGAAUGAAGGUGUUGUUUAUGGUCUGUACAAAUGUGAACUGGAUGGUGGUUAUGCAGGUCCACAUAGGUGUAAUUCUAUCUGGUUUUAAAAAUUGCUGUAGUUAGAAGGUCAAGAUGGUUGCAACAGAAGAGAAUAGUGCACUAUUCCCGAUCUUCGUCUUGACUGUAAUGGCUCUACCUUUGGUGCCCUACACAGUAUUCAAGUUAUUUCAUGCAUUCUCUAAAGAGAAAAAGAACAUUCACUGCCAGUGCUCUGUAUGCUUAAGUUCUGGAAAGUACCGCCAAUCCAUAUUUAAAAGGAUCUCAAACUUUUCAACAGGUAGUAACCUGACCCUUGUGCUUCUUUGGAUUGUCAUGAUGGUCUUGGUAUACUACAUUAAGCAUAUAAACCAUGAGAUACAAGUGUUUGAGCCAUUCAGCAUUCUUGGAUUGGAACCUAGAGCUUCGGAUUCAGAUAUAAAGAAGGCGUAUAGGAGACUUUCUAUUCAAUACCAUCCCGAUAAAAAUCCAGAUCCAGAGGCUCACAAUUAUUUUGUGGAAUACAUAUCAAAAGCUUACCAGGCUCUGACAGAUCCAGUAUCUCGUGAGAAUUUUGAAAAAUAUGGACAUCCAGAUGGCAGGAAGGGGAUUGAAAUGAGUGUAGCUCUCCCUCUGUUUCUGUUAAAUAUUGAUGGGGCAUCGGGUGGAAUACUUUUACUCGGGAUUGUUGGAGUCUGUAUCCUUUUGCCCUUGGUGAUGGCUGUCAUAUAUCUAUCAAGGUCAUCCAAAUAUACUGGAAACUAUGUCAGGCAUCAAACUAUGUCUGCCUACUACUACUUCAUGAAGCCUUCUUUAGCCCCAAGCAAGGUCAUGGAGGUCUUCACAACGGCUGCUGAAUAUAUGGACAUUCCAGUUCGUCGGAGUGAUGAUGAACCCCUUCAGAGACUAUUCUUGUUAGUGAGGAGUGAGUUAAACCUGGACCAUAAGAACAUUCGUCAAGAACAAGCCAAGUUUUGGAAGCAGCAUCCGGCUCUUGUAAAGACAGUAUUGUUGGUCCAAGCCCAAUUGAAUCGAGAGUCUGCUGCUCUAUCUCCAGCAUUGCUGGGUGAUUUCAGGCGUGUGCUUGAAUGCUCACCUCGUCUUCUUGAAGAAUUAAUGAAGAUGGCAAUUCUACCCCGCACUUCUCAAGGCUAUGGAUGGUUGAGGCCUGCGAUUGGAGUGGUUGAGCUUUCUCAAAAUUUCACCCAGGCAGUUCCACUCAGUGCAAGGAAAACAGCUGGAGGAUUUAGCGAAGGAAUUGCACCCUUUCUGCAGCUGCCACACUUUAGUGAGGCCAUUGUCAAAAAGAUCACACGUAAGAAAGUGCGUUCUUUUCAAGAGUUUCAAGACUUGACUCUACAGGAGCGUGCUGAGCUGCUGACUCAGGUUGCUGGAUUUUCUGCUGCUGAUUCUCAAGAUGUUGAGAUGGUUCUUGAAAUGAUGCCUUCAAUAACGAUUGGUAUCAAAUGUGAGACAGAGGGUGAAGAGGGAAUACAGGAGGGUGACAUAGUCACGAUGCAUGCUUGGAUCACACUGAGGCGGGGGAAUGGCCUGGUCGGUGCCCUUCCACAUGCUCCUUACUUCCCCUUCCACAAGGAAGAGAAUUUCUGGUUGCUGCUUGCAGAUUCUGUCUCCAAUGAUGUUUGGCUGUCCCAGAGGGUAAGCUUCAUGGAUGAGGGUGCUGCGAUAACAGCUGCAACAAAAGCAAUUCAAGUGUCAAAGGAGGGCUUAGGGUCUAGCUUGAAGGAGAUAAAUGCAGCUGUUAAAGAAGCUGUGGAGAAAGUGAGGAAUGGAUCAAGGUUAGUAAUGGGCAAGUUUCAGGCCCCAGCUGAGGGAAAUUAUAACCUAACUUCUUACUGCUUGUGUGACUCGUGGAUUGGUUGUGACAAGAAGACAACCUUGAAGGUGAAAGUUUUGAAACAGAGCCGAGCAGGUACAAGGGCAGGUGACUUGGCAGGAGAGGGUCUAACAGUGGAGGAUAAGAUUGAGGACAAAGAGGAUGAAGAAGAAGAAGGCUUUGAUGAUUAUGAGAGUGAGUACAGUGAAGAUGAUGAGGAUGAUAAGGGCACAAAUACAAAUGGGGUUGGGGGCAAUGUCAGUGUCCAUGAAGAACACAGUGGUUCAAGCUCUGAUGGGGAAGAGUGAAAAGUUUCCUUUAUUUUAAUUAAUUUAUUUAUUUUCCCUUUUCAUUCGAAUACAUGGAGCAGGUGAGGUCUAUACAACUGUUCCUUUGUAAUUUCCCGUGCUUGGCUUCCCAAAAUAACAAGAAAACCCUUUACAGUUUCACUUCAAGUAAAUCAAUUUUGCAGGGAUAGUGUAUUUUGAAGGGUUCAACUAGAAAUAGGGUUCAAAGUUGAAUGAUUCUUGAUCCAUUAACAUGUUGGAAUUCAUUUUUAAUGUACCUCGUUCUAGUUUGGAUGUAGUUUGGCCAGGACUGAAGUAAUAGGGUCUCUCUCUCUCACACACACACACACACACAUCAAAACUGAAGCUCUUACAUGUACAACAAUCAAGUUUUAGUCCCGAAACUGCUCGUGUAAUAGAGUAAAAUCCUCCUCUCUUUCCCCUGCUGCUGGUGCAGAGAUCAGUGUUGUUUUAUCUAUGGGCAAACAGGAGCUUUCAUUCUGUCAAAUAGAGCUUGGGUUCAUUCUUCA